AGAGAGAACCCAGAUACAAUGUACCUUGGAAGAGACCAUUGACCUUCCGAAAGUAAACUGGGAAACUUUCUCAUCAGUGCGAGUGUAUUGAUUUUGAGGUCACAUGGUUAAAGUGGUGGAUAAACACAUUCCUCUAAAAGAAAGAAGAAUUAACUCGCGUUCAGAAGAAUGGAUAAACGAUGACAUACUUACAGAAAUGCACUGUCGUGAACACCUCUUUAAAAAGGCGACACAGAGUAAUGAUGGUCACGCGUGGAACCUAUACAGAGCAUCAAGAAACAGGGUGACAAAAAAGAUCAGGGAGGAAAAACAUGCAUUUGUUGAGGAAGCAAUUUCCCAGGCAGAAAACAAGGACAUGUGGGACAAACUUAGGCAAUUCUUACCAUCUAAGAAAACGAAUACAAACUGUACAUUUCUUAAGGACAAUAACGUAAUUUUUAAAGAUACAAAGGAUAUUGCCGAAUGUUUUAAUAAUUACUUUUGUAACAUUGGUCAUGAGCUAGGAAAACAUUUUGAUGACACUUUACCUACAGUUGAAGAAUAAAUACUUAAAAAUUCUUAUACAAUACCGGAUA